UGAAAGGUUGCCGACCUCUGCACUAAAGGAUUGGCUGUCAGCACGGUAUUUUGGGUAGGAUCCAAACUAAUAUUGCCCUGGUAACGUGGCUGAUGCUAUGGGGUCAGAAGGACAUUUGGUAUAUGUGAGCAGAGUUUUUAAAUAACUUCUCACUGCACUGGACCUAGGUGCUGAUUGGGAGCCAGAGAACUGGAAUGCAGUAAGGGGUCUAGGGGGAUUUCUUUUUUUGAACUUCUUGAUAACCAGUGUGGGAGAUCAGAAGUACAGUCUGUGACUGCUUGGUGAGUUUAACUUCAGUGUUAACCACUAGUUUGGGGAGUCUCUGCUCUCCCUUCUGCAGCCUGCCCUGACCUUGGCAUUUUCAGUGAGGGCAGCCCCAGGUACCCCAGGUCACAGGGGUGUGUGAGGGAGUUGUGGAGAAAGCCUGUAAUCUGACACUUGGACAAAAGAAGGUGGAGCCAUGGCCGGGAAGAGCGGAGGAACCCCAUAUAAACCCAGAUCGGGAACAGCUGGGCAGUUGAACGUUUGCAAACUCAGAGAGAAAAUGGACCAGAGCCGCCCUAAGAAAGAAUCUUUGGAGAAACUUUUUGAUCCAAAAGAAUUUUUGAAAACUUAUUAUUCCUUUGACUCCACAAGCAGUGAAAAAAAUGAUAUUAGGAUGUUUCUUCUGAGAAACUUCUUUAAGACCUUCAUUUUGGAUGGCGUUAAAGGCAACACCCUGAUUUAUAUUGGCGGUGGGCCCAGCAUUUGCGAACUGCUCUCUGCCUGUGAGUCCUUCCAGGAGAUCAUUGUCACAAACCACAUGGAUCGGAACUGCCAGGAACUGCAGAAAUGGCUAAAGAAAGAGCCGGGAGCAUUUGACUGGACUCCGCUGGUGAAAUACGUGUGUGAGCUGGAAGGGGACAGGAAAAAGUGGGCUGAGAAGGAAGAGAAAUUACGAAGAACGGUCAAGCAGGUUCUGGAAUGUGAUGUCACCAAAUUCAACCCUGUGACCUUUGCCUCUCUGCCCCCUGCUGACUGCCUCCUCAUAUGCCAUUGUUUAGCAGAAACUUGCAAAGACCUGAGUACCUACCGUGCUGCCCUGAAGAAUAUCAGCUCCCUGUUAAAGCCAGGGGGUCAUUUGCUGAUGGUGACCACAAUGAAGUGUAAUUACUAUAUGGUUGGCCAACACAAGUUUCCCUGUCUCUUUCUGGAGAAGGAGUUUCUGGAGGAAGCAGUGAAGGAGGCCGGUUAUGAUAUUUUGAAGUUUGAGGUGACUCCCAUAUGCCAUACAGCUAGUUUGGUAGAGCAUGAGGGGAUCUCUUACCUAGUUGCUACCAAAGGGAAGGGCAAAGAAGAUUAAAGAGAAAAUACAUCAGCCCAAGGCAAGUAGAGAGGCAGAAUAGAUUAGCUGUAGAUGCUGGUAGACCUGAAAAUCAAUGUGCGCUAUAGAGCUUUGAUGACCUCCAAGCACCUUGGAGAACCUGUUUGUUCAGGAUGCACCAGCUUGAACCCCUUGUUGUGCCACUAAAGCUGCCCUCAUCUCUGUCCUUUCCCAUUUAGAGCUGCCAUAAUGUCUCCCUGGCCUCCAACCCCACUGUGCUUCAUCCAGUGCAGCUGCACCCUACAG